AUGAGGUUUGUGAAUAUGGGUGUCCAUGUUCGGCGGACUGCUGAACCAGCAGAACCAGAACCUGAACCACAACCAAAACCAGAACAUGAGCACCAUCCUGCUCACCCAACUCAUCAUGACUAUGAAUACAUGAAGAACAAGUUCAUGAAUGAACUGGAACAUCUUCCAUUGCCGAUGUGGGCUGUAGCAGCCAUUGUAGUGGUGGUUCUCGCCCUUGUGGCUUGUUUUACAUAUUGCAUUUUCAAGAAAUGCUUCGGCAAGAAGAAGAAAUCCAAGAAAGCUAGAGAGAGGAAGAGAGCAGGACGGAGAAAAAUAGAAGGGACUGAAGGAGAGGGUAAAGGAGAACAAAAGGAGGAAGGAGUAAAAAAGGAGGGAGAAGUGCAAAAAGAGGAGCAGGAAAACCUUGGAAAACUGGAAUUCUCUUUGGAUUACAACUUCACUGAUGCUCAGCUGAUAGUUGGAGUUCUUCAGGCUCAAGACCUUCCCGCUAUGGAUAUUGGUGGUACAUCUGACCCAUAUGUGAAAGUUUACCUGCUUCCAGACAAGAAGAAGAAAUUUGAAACCAAAGUCCAGGGCAAAAACCUGUGCCCUGUGUUCAAUGAGACCUUUAUCUUCAAGGUUCCCUAUGCUGAAUUGGGUGGUAAAACUCUGGUGCUUCAGGUUUUUGAUUUUGAUCGGUUUGGUAAACAUGAUGUGAUCGGCCAGAUAAAGAUUCCCAUGAAUUGUAUGGAUCUCGGACAACCGCUACAUGAAUGGAGGGAUCUCGAAAAUGGAGAAAAGGAGGAGGAGAAGCUUGGAGACAUUUGCAUUUCUCUGCGUUAUGUCCCCACUGCUGGUAAACUCACCGUCAACAUAAUGGAGGCCAAAAAUCUAAAAAAGAUGGAUGUUGGUGGUUUAUCAGAUCCGUAUGUCAAGAUUGUGUUACAGCAUAAUGGAAAGCGUCUGAAGAAGAAGAAAACUACAGUUAAAAAGAACACAUUGAACCCAUACUUUAACGAGAGCUUCAGCUUUGAGGUCCCAUUUGAACAGAUUCAGGUCAAUAAAUGA